AUGUUAAGCGCGACACGCAAAGCGCUGGGAAUCAGUAACUCGUCACACCGCAGUACGCGCAGCGAUGCCACGGUACUGUCAGAUGCGCAGUCACGAGCGUCGUCGGUUCCACUUCUUAUAGCGCUGUGCGUGCUCUGGUACUCUAGCUCGGCACUCACGUCCAACACGAGCAAGGACCUGUUAUCUCGACGUAAAGUAGCAGCCACGCCGGAUAUUCGACUUCCACCGCUGUUUCCAUACCCGGUAACGCUCACACUGGUGCAGUUCGUAUUUGUGAAUGUGCUGUGUUAUCUAGGUACACGGAGGAAUUUGCUGGGUGACUGGGUGCUAGCGCGGCGUCUUGUGCAUAUUUCGCUCCCACAAUUGCGUGAUAUUGUGCAGAUCAGCGUGUUCAACGUGUUGGGCCAUGCGCUUGGCUCGUUGGCCGUCAGCCGUGUGGAAGUGAGUCUCGUCCACACAAUCAAGGCUCUCUCACCCCUCUUCACUGUGCUAUCUUAUGCACUCUUCUUUGGCGUGCCGUACUCAUCGCGCACAUACCUGUCGCUUGUACCGUUGAUCUUUGGCGUCGUCCUUGUGUGCACAUCGUUGUCGAAAAGCAAACGUGACGACAUCGUGGGAUUCGUUGCUGCCCUGGGCAGCACUCUUAUUGUCGUUGCGCAGAACAUCUACUCGAAAAAACUGUUGAAGCCAGCUACAAGCGCUGCGACGAAUGCACACGAGAAACUCGACAAAGUCAACAUCCUCUUUUACUCCAGUGUAUGCUCAGUCGUGCUUAUGCUGCCGAUGUGUCUAUUUUAUGAUGCAAAGCCGAUGCUAGCGCCUACAUCGCCAAAUGUCAGCAUUCACACACUAUACCUGCUGACUGUGAAUGGGAUCGUGCAUUUUGCACAGAAUAUGCUCGCCUUCCAGGUGCUUGCACAUGUGUCACCCGUUACGUACAGUGUUGCAAACCUAUUUAAGCGUGUAUUUGUGAUUCUCGUGGCCAUUGCAUGGUUUGGCCAGGAUGUCACCGUAACUCAAUGGAUUGGCAUCUUGUUGACCUUUGUGGGCUUGUACAUGUACAACAAUGCGAAGAACGAGAGCCCUUCGCGAACCGAUUCGAACAUGCGCGCCGAUGCGGCGUCUGAAUCGCUCCCGAUGCAUGCCACGAAAUCCGCCAUUGCUAUGGCAGACGCUAAGCCAAGUUGGCCGCCUCUUGCGGUCCAAGCGCUGAACCCGAACAGCGCAAGUGAUCAAGUGCCUCUGCCACCCCGUAGUCCUGGUGAAUCGGCGCCUCAUUCGCAUGUAGUUCUAUUCCCCCCGCAAGCCGCAGGAUCCAGCUAA